AUGGAAAGCACCGUUCACAGACCAACGCUCAGGAAGCGUAAUGUGCUAUUUGCGCUGCUGCUGUGCCUGACCGCUCUUUUAAGCUCGCUUGCAACUAAAUUAUACCUGACCAAUGUUCCAGAGUCGCAAGAGCUCUCCCAGACAUAUCUCUACCGACUGCAAUUUGAAGCGUCGCCAAAGUACAAAGCCAACCCCGACUAUGUGGGAGCUAACCCGUGGGAUGUGAUGACCACCUACAGACGCCUUACGGAUAAGUUCCCCUACACGAAGAGUCCCGGAGGAAUCCCUAGAAAGAUUUUCCAGAUGUGGAUUACACCUGGCGAGCUGAACGAGAGCACUAUUCCAUAUCCCGAGUACAGGCAAACGUGGCGAGAGAAGAAUCCACACCACGAGUACAGAAUGCUCUCCGGCGAGGACCUGAAGAGGGCCGUGAAAAGUGCCUUCGAGCACACGGUGCCCGAAGUCUGGGAGGCCAUGGACACCAUGCCGUUGAUGAUUCUGCAAUCUGAUUUUUCGCGGUAUUUGAUGUUGUUCUUGGAAGGCGGGGUCUGGGCAGACCUCGACACCACUUGCGACAGGCCUAUCAGCAAGUGGUAUCACAACCUAGUUGACUACGACAUCAGGUUUGUGGGCUCUGUGGAGCAUGACGUGAACGACGAGUCGUGGCCAAGCUUGACGAGCAGACGAUUGCAAUUUGAGAACUGGGCUUUCACCAGCGACAGGUUCCAUCCAGUGCUUGCCAUGGUGAUCGCGCACGUCGUGCGGAUGCACUUCACGGUCAUGUACAGCGGAAACCUCAACAUGUACAGCGAUGAUAGCGAAACCAAGGCUUGUAAUCGUCUGUCGGUUAUUGACUGGACCGGGCCAGGCGUCUUCUCAGACGGAAUUUACAGAUACAUGAACGAAGCCGAAAACAGGGAGCUUCUAGAGAUUGAAUUCAACAGGCACAAUGCCAACGAAGAGUUGUAUGGCCCUGGUACAAGCGACAAAAUUAACUGGCGUGGCUUUUCCGGACUGAAGGCCCCUGUUAUAUUCAACAACGACGUGUGUAUUCUGCCCAAAUCAGGGUUCCGCUGCACCAGUGACUUCGACGAGUCUGUCGAGGAGUACUGCUACUUGACACACCAUUUUGCCCGGUCGUGGUUUUCGGAGGUGGAGUGA